AUGUCGAACCGCGUAUCGCAAAUCGCCUCCCACUUGAAUUACCCAAAGGGCAUGCUCGCCGGCCAGGUAGCCAUCAUAACCGGCAGCGGGCAAGGCAUCGGCGCCGAAGCAGCCCGACUCUUCGCCAACGAGGGCGCAAAGGUCGUUGUGGCCGAUAUUGACGCCAAGAAAGCCCAAGAAGUGGUAGACAGCAUCACCUCCAAAGGCGGCAGCGCAAUCGCCGUGCCAGGCGACAUGUUCUCGGCAGAGUACAUUGACACGCUCGUCGCCAAAGCAGCCGCCUUCGGAAACAACAAGAUCCACCACAUCAUCAACAACGCCGGCUUCACCUACGACGGCAUGAUCCACAAAAUGUCCGACAAGCAGUGGGACACCAUCCUCGCGCUGCACGCCACGGCGCCCUUCCGCCUGGUCCGCGCCGCGGCCCCGUACUUCCGCGUCAAGGACGGCGAGAACAGGUGCAUAGUCAACAUCAGCUCGACCUCGGGCAUCCACGGUAACGUGGGUCAGGCCAACUACGCCCUCGCCAAGGCCGGCGUCACGGGCCUGACCAAGACCAUCGCGAAGGAAUGGGGUCCCAUGUUCGGCGUGCGCUCCAACACCGUCGCGUUCGGGCACAUCAAGACGCGGCUCACUGACGCCAAGGAGAAGGGCGCCUUCGUCGUCGGGCCCGACGGCGAGAAGAUUGCGCUGGGCAUCCCGCAGGCGCAGAGGAGCGGCGACGGGGCCAAGCAGCAGGAACAGGCGUACGCGGACAUACCGCUCCGCAGGCCCGGCACGCCCACCGAGGCGGCGUCGGUGGUGCUGGCUGUCGUCAGCCCCCUGUUCAGCUACGUGACGGGGCAGACCAUCAUGGUGACGGGAGGCCGGAACAUGUAA